AUGCACAUUGUGUCCCUAACGUUUAAGGCAGAGACCCUUGCUAGUAUUGUUCAGAAUACGAUGACUUUCGGCUAUUCACAUGUACACGACGUAUACGAACUUGUCAACAAGAGCGUGGAGUGGGACAAGAACUCGGUUUUAAAGCUAAUCAAUCUGUGGCAGGAAUAUCCAUGUCUUUACAACCCGAGGAACCAAUUAUACCAUAACAAGCAUUCAAGAAACGAAGCUCUUGAAAAAAUUACUAAAAAUUUGCAGGAAUUAAUUCCAGAUAUUAAAGUAAAUGAUGUAAAAGUAAAAAUAAGUUAUCUAAGAAGCCAGUACGCCAGAGAAAUUCAAAAACAAAAAGAAUUCACAAGAAGUGGAAUGGGUACCGACGAAGUUUACGUACCGUCGGUGUACUGGUAUGAUGAACUUAAGUUUUUACGUGAAUAUAUCAAAAUAAGAAAGGGGAAAAACAAUUUAGAAAUGAGCCAAAUAAUUUCCGAUGAAGAUUCCUCACCACCAAAGAAGAUUUCAUUAGAUUCAACUGUUCAUGAAACAAAACGCCAAACAGUUGAAUUAAGUGAAGAAGAUGAUGCUUUAAAGGCAGCAACAGAAGCACUUAAAACGCUAGCAAAUAAAAAGCAAAUUGAUCCAUAUAUUGAAAGCUUUUCAAAUUUCGUUAGAGAACAUUUAUUGUCUAUUGAAAACGCUCAAGAAAGAAAAACACUGAUUAAAAAAAUUAUGACGCUAAUAAUUGAACAUAGCAAUUAA